CUGCACCCCUGCGUUGCCGCAUACGGCGGCGAUGCUACCGAAGCCUGCACAAAUGCGUUUCGAGCUGUAUGCAAUUUUUCCCCCCGAGUUCUUCGACCGGUCGCGACAACCGACAGCUUGGCGCGUCUUGUCGGAAUUUUCGUCGCAUAUUUCGCUUAAAACGCAUGACAAACAGCACCGAUCACGACAAACAGGCUCAUAUAUGUUCGCAGCACGCAAACAGCAUGAACACAACACCGUUUUUUGAGUUCCACGUUGUUGACGAGCCGGUCCUCCCAGCGUCGCGCGGGCUGAUAAGCGAUCGGGCGGGUGAUGCUACGCCGCGUUCAAAUAUUUGAAUUUAAACGCUUGAACGUUUGAAAAAAAGGCUUGUCCGACGGCGGCACAGACAUGUCGGGCGCGCGCGAGGCUGAAUCACACCGCCUGCUAGGUGCGACGGUAGAGGAAACAAUGACGGAAGAAGUUGCAACGCCAGCGGUCAACCCUCGCGUGUGUGCGAGCGCGUCGUCGCCCGCCCCGACAUGUUCGGGCAAGAGCACUGCGUAAGUAGCGCCGCGUCGUCUCGCACUGCCGGCUGGCGAUCUCGUGGCACUUCGUCCGGAGCGCGCCGCCGGCACCCACGGUUAGAGCUCGUCGUCGCAAAACUCUUCAUACCAAAGGAUGGACUCAUGGAGUGCCUUAAAACAGUGGGGGCUAAGCCGGGGCCCUUUACUUUCCCACAGAUAAUAGACCUUGUGAGAACGUAUGUCAUGGAACGGCGGCUUGCGGAUGCCAAGUUGCCAACCAUGAUCGUCUGUGGCCACGACCCACUGGGCAAGGUGUUUGGUGUGGAACGUUUUCUAGUCAACGAAGUCAUCGAUCAUCUAGUCAAACAAAUGUAUGCUGUACCACCGCAGCAUGUAGUAUCUCAAGGAACGUUAAAGCGGGAACUCCAGUCGGGCGACAACGGCACCAGCGACGCACUGGUCAUCAAGCGUGCGCGCCUGGACGCAGAUUCGACGAGUGGAGCAAGUGCAUCGUGCACGUUGUCCCCCGUGCGUCUGUACAUACCACCGUCUCCGUGCUACGACAGCGGGCCAGAGACGGAAUACAGCUAUCAGGGCCAUGAGACGGAGUUCAUCAAGGACACAAGCGACGACCUCUGGUUCCUCGAGGAGUCUUCGUCGGACGGCAACUCGACUGACGACGAGAUCACCCAGCGACGGCUCAUGAGGGUUGCGGCCCUGGCGGCCGAGCUGCUGCAACGUGAGGAGGAAGGCGGCCACAUCGACGACGACUGCCCGUAUGAGGUGGAGUACGAGAUCGAGGAGGAGGAGUCUGACCACCAUGCUGCCGGAAAGGCGGGCAGCAUCUCCUCCGACAGCGACAUUGAGGACGUGGCACAGGCGGAGAUCCUGAUUUGUGUAAAUGACGACGACGCGCAGUUCUGGGCCGACUCUUCCGACAGCUACUCCUCCGACUCUGAGAUUGGCGAUGCGGACCUAUGGCAGUGCCGGCUGUGUGGCACGCGGUGCGAGCCCCACGGUUUGUCGGCCGUGCAACGGUACUGCACCACCUGCUGGAAGGAGCGCUUUGGAUGGCUGCCCGACCGGGAGGAGCGACACCCGCCGCAGAAGAAGCGCCGCCGGGUCCAGCGCCGCAACAGCCUCAGGGCGAGCAUCUGCCGCGUGUCGAGCACACUGGGCGGCGGCGGCGUGAGCUCGGACCGGCACCAACUGAACAGUGCCGGCGAGGAAAGUCGGUCGGGGUCGUCCUGCAAUGACAGCGUGAAGCUGCACUCGGAAGGACCUGGCAGCAACUCGAACACCAACGGAUCACAAGAGAGUAGUGGUGGGAGCACUUCAGAGGGGCUGUCGCACAUCGACGACGGCGACGAGGGAGACGGCUUCAGCGCGGCGACGACCGGUGCGAGCCAAGAGGCACCGGACGACUGGUCUCAGCCCGGCUGCAGCACGGACAAGCAGGACGGCGACGCGCUGGCACUCCGUAGUUCGGCAGUGGCAGACCUGUGCACCAUCUGCAUGGUGCGCCCCAAGUGCGGCAUUCUGGUGCACGGUCGAACGAGUCACCGUCUGACGUGCUACAAGUGCGCGUUGCAGCUGCAGAAGCGAAACCAGCCGUGCCCGGUGUGCCGACGCCGGAUCCAGCGCGUCGUGCGCAACUUCGACGCCUAAUGCGUGGGCGUUCGUCUUGUGCCUCCACUCAUGUGUAACGUCCCGCCAGGAGCUGGCGAAAAGUGUACAACUUCAACACUUUGGCCAGGAGUGCCCUUUUUGGUGGUUUGGUUGUCGCGCACGACUGUUUUCUCGUCACGUGUUCUGGUUUUUAUUCUCUUUUUCACACUUCGUGAACUCGCAUUGCAAAACGCAAGUGUGCGGCUGAAAAAUGUUCUAGUUAAUUUUUUUUUCCGUUGCUUUUUUUUUUCUUAGAUAAGUGCAACAUGGCGCAACUGCAAUUAGUAGCCUGUUUGCAUUUCUUCCUCAGAAAAGCUCCCACACCCUCGAGUCUUAAAUUUGCUAGUGCUCCUGUUGGUUUGGUUCAAAUAAAGAAUCAAGUCUUGUUGUUUUA